CACACGCCACCCACGUCAAAACAUUGGAAUUGAAGUGACGUUUACACAUUUUAGGAUCGGUGCUACAAUUUUGCGAAAAAAUCGCCACGCAGCAUGGGAGAUGCAUCAGUUUCGGACCCUGAGUCCAAUAAACCAAGCCCAGGAAGCGAGGCACCCCCCGAGCUGGACCGGCGUCCUUUCGGCGAUUUGGAGUUCCAAGUUUCAGAAGUAGUAGGCCGUUUAGAGGCCGGAGUUAACGCUCAGGAUGUUCAAGAUGAGGAAAAGAAGCCAGAGCCUCGAAAGAUCAGUGCUGGUUUCUUUGAGCCAGAAGAAACAUCAAUGGAUGAGAUUCUGAAGGUUUUGGAAGACUUGGUGUUGAAGACAGACCCUAGUUGUGAGAGUGUAGAGCCGCCGCUAUUGCCGACAGAUGCGGUGACACGAGCUGCGAUACUGUCUCACAGUAUAUCAGCUUUAUUUGGAAGGUUGGAGCGGAGUCAUGCAGCAAGACUUGGUGCUCACAUUGCCAGUGAAACAACAAGAUGGAUGUCUCAUAUGUUCAGACUAGCAGACUACAAUGCGUACUAUCACCAGGAACAGCUGGAGGGUCUGGAAGCGCUAAGCCACGCGUCAGCUUGCGUAGCGUUUCAGUUCGCGCCGCCAGGCACGGAGAAACCGCCGCCAUAUUACGACAAACUCAACUCUUGGCUUGGACAAGUGCUACAGAGAGAGGCUGACAUGAUCAGUAUAGAAGUAUGUGAGACUGAAGCCCACGGGGUAGUGCUGCGGUACUGCCCGCUGGAGGGCGCGGGCGCGGCGGACGGCGCGGCGGGCGGCGCGGCCGGCGCGGGCGCCUGGGGCGCGCUGCUGGAGGCGCAGCUGCAGGUGCUGGCGGCCACCGUGGCGCUGCGCGACACAUUCCACGAGCGCGUGCGCGCGCGGCACCCACUGGCGCUCGUACACGUGCCCGGCUGGGCCGGUCUUGGUGGAGUCCGCUACAUUCCCCCAGGCUGGGAGGAGGCGGCGCCCGAGGAACUGAACUCUCUCAACAGACAACUCGUGGACACGCUGCGGGCCACGGACGGAGCCUUCUCCUGCGGGGACGGGGACGAUGGGAUGGCUUGCGUCAGCCGCGUACAAAACAAAAGUAAUUCAGAGCCUGCUCGCGCGCACUCACCGAUGAGACAAACGCAAGCCGCUGAGGAAGAAGAGUAGCUAGUAAUCAGUUAAGUGUAUGUCCAUACCUUGGCCCAACAUUAUGAUUACGCAAGUUUGUAUAUACAAUGUUGGCCAAAGUACCCGACCAAUGCCUUGGCGCAACAAUGUCGUCGCGUGCCCAACAUAAUGGCUAUGCAAGUUUGUACAUAAAAUGUUGGCCAAACUAUUCGACCAAUGUCCAAAUGCUUGCAAGAUUGGUCUGCAAGCAGAUGAGGAAACUGCAAUCUAACCUACUAACUAUUCGAAGUCAGUCAAACUGACGAUACCAAAGAUUGCGUAUUUAAUUAAAAUACUAUUAUAUAAUUUGUAUUUACUAGUUUAUUUGUAUUGUAAAUUGCUGCAGAUCUCAAAAAACACAAAUGUUUGUAUUAUUGUAGAGGUGUUGCAGAGUCACGGGAAGCCGCUCUGUAAAGGCAAAGAGUAUUAGACAUCGUCGGCUGUAGCCAAAAAGUGUUCAUUCAGCUAAUAUUGAAUAUCAAAAUUACUGUGUGAAAUAUUUUAAAUAUUAUAAAUUAAAAGUAUCGCGACUGAUUUCAAUAAUUUGGAGUUUAAAUUUUAAUAUUUAUAGCAGUCCAGGAAAGGUAGAAAAAAGAUAGGGUGAUAAUAUGUGAAGAGUUUUCAAGGGAAAUAGUAGAAGCAUCAAUUAUAAUUUCCCAUACAAAUGGAGGGCUUAAUAUGAGUUUGUUUUAUUUUUAGAAUAAUCGAAACCGCGUUGGGCGCUCUGAUUGGUUAGUUCAUUAGAACCGGCCAAUCAGAGCGCGGAACGCGGUCUCGUUUCGAUAACAUAAAACUUAAACUCGUACUAAACCCCCUGUUUUAUGAGUGACAUUAGAUAUCACGACACAUUAGUUCAAUUUUAUGGCAAUAAAAUGUUCGCGGGGUCAGCUAGUUAGCAAUAGAUAUUAGUGUAAAAAGUUUAUAUUAUAAGGCCAAUGUUACAAGCGUGUAUAAAGCCUUAGUUAUUAGUGAUACGUCGAUUCAGAAUAUGUCAAUAAAUAGAGUGAAUUCGAAAUUGGAGUCGGUGCUGUAAGCGAAGUGGAAUUUUAGCGACUGUCGACUGACAGAAUAAAAAAGUCUUAG